UUCUUUCAAAUUCAAGGAAUAUCCCCUGAGAGACGUAAGGAAUGGAGGGCCUCGUUCUUUGCCCUGCAAAUUACGUGCCUUUGUCACCAAUAAGUUUCCUAGAGAGAGCAGCUACUGUUUACGGAGAUAGAACAUCAAUUGUGUAUGGCAGCUAUGUUAGAUUUUCAUGGAAAGAUACAUUUGCGAGAUGUCUCAAGGUCGCUUCUGCUUUGGUCCAGUUGAAGAUUUUCCCUGGAGAUGUUGUUGUAGCUUUGGCUCCUAAUGUUCCAGCACUUUACGAGCUGCAUUUUGGUGUUCCAAUGGCUGGGGCAGUUCUUUCUGCGCUUAAUACCAGGUUAGAUGCAUCCACAUUGGCAUUGACAUUAGAGCAAUUGAACGCCAAACUCAUUUUUGUGGAUUACCAGUUCAAUGAUGUUGCACUCAAGGCACUGGACCUACUCUCUCUAAAAAGUGUCAAGCCACCCCACCUCGUGGGAAUCCCCGAGUGUGACAAAUCAAUUUCUUCAAUGGACUGCAAAAACAUAUCAUGUGACCUGGAUUACAAUGGUCUUCUAGAAAUGGGGAGAGAUGAUUUUACGAUAAUUCGACCGAACAAAGAAUGUGAUCCAAUUUCAGUAAAUUAUACUUCAGGUUCCACCGGGAAACCUAAAGGAGUGAUAUACAGUCAUAGAGCUGCCUACCUCAAUUCUUUGGCAGAGAUAUUCAGAUUUGACAUGAGACAAAUGCCAGUGUUUCUAUGGACAGUGGACAUGUUUCGAUGCAAUGGAUGGUGCCUUACUUGGGCAAUGGCUGCUCUUGGUGCUACAAACAUCUGCCUUAGAAAUGUCUCAGCAGAAGUCAUAUUUGAUUCAAUAUCACUUCACAAGGUAACUCACUUCUGCGGUCCACCAGCUAUUUUGAACACCAUUGCAAAUGCACCAGCUAGUAACCAAAAUCCACUUCCAUUCAAUGUCAAUGUUAUCAUAGCCGGUCCAUUCCCAUAUUCAGAGAUUCUCGCCAAGGUUGAAGGAUUGGGAUUUAAUGUGUAUCAUGGUUACGGCAUGACGGAAGCCCUCGGUCCAGCAAUCGUUAGGCCAUGGAAACCUGAAUUGGAUUCUACAUUCGAAAAUGAACAAGAAAAAAUUAUAAACCGCGAGGGACUGCACAACCUCUUAAUUGAAGGGGUUGAUGUAAAGGAUCCAAACACCAUGAAGAGCGUACCAAGUGAUGGGAAAACCAUUGGUGAAGUCAUGUUUAGAAGCAACAUUUUGAUGUCAGGGUACCUCAAGAAUUCAGAAGUUACUCAAGAAGCUUUUAGGGGUGGAUGGUAUCACACAGGGGACCUUGGAGUUAGGCAUCAGAAUGGUUACAUACAAAUGAAGGACCGAGGUAAGGAUAUUAUCAUUUCAGGGGGAGAGGCUAUAAGCACAUUGGAGGUGGAGGCAGUGCUGUUAAGUCAUCCAAAGGUUUCAGAGGCUGCUGUUGUUGGACAAUCUGAUGCUCUUUUGAAUGAGGUGCCGUGUGCAUUUGUUAAAGUGAAGGAAGGUUUUGGUGCUAGUGCUGAAGAGAUUACUAACUUCUGUGGUAAUCGAUUGCCAGACCAUAUGAUUCCAAAGUCUAUUGUUUUUGGGGAUUUACCAGUCAAUUUUUCUGGAAAGGUGCAAAAAUUUGCUAUGAGGGAGAAGGUCAAUGGCAGCACCAGCCUUUCCAAUUGUUGAAAGUAGUUUGUUGGCAUGACAGGAGCAGCAAAUUAAAUCCGAUAGCAUAUAUCAACAGCAUAUUUUUAUAUUUAGUAUUUGUACUUUUUAGUAUCCUUGUGCGCCAGUUAAAAUAUAUUUUUAUUUAAUCUUAUAACAAGUGAAAUAAAUUAAUAUUCAUUUAAAAA